AUGAGAUUAUUUUGUGAUGAUGUAUUUUGCAUGCCAUCAUUGCCAUAUGGUUCAGCGUUGCAUGUUCAGGUAACAUCCAAUAAGCUUGUCCGUGAUAUGUUUGGUGUCUGCCACGAUGUUCCUUCAUGGAAUGGUGGACAUGUAAGGGCAAUGUUUAUUCACAAAUUUUUGCUCUGGAAAACAUUUCCUUUAUGCUGCCUGAGAUGGAUUCUUCACUAUGCUGUCUUUGAGUUUCCACCAAAUUCAGUCAUGGAAACUCAGAUUCAAAAGACAUCAAACUUCAUAGUUACAUUGCAAACCUUAGUUAGUAUUUGGUCCAAGAAAGAGUUUGUUCAGUCAUAUUCAGUGGAGCAACAAGCUUAUAUCACUGCAGCAAUAGGGUUAUGUUUGGAGAACAUGUCAAAAAGAGAAUUAGAGAUGACUAAAGAUGUAUUGAAUUGUAUUCUUCAAGGAGUAACCUGUAGGUUAGAGAGCCCAAUUGAUUUAGUCCGGAAGAUGGCCAGUGCUGUUACAUUGACAUUUUCUAAAAUUGUUGAUCCGAAAAAUCCUCUUUACCUUGAUGACGACUGUUCUGAGAAUGUUGACUGGGAGUUCGGGGUUCUUUCCCCAAAGAGGAUCAAAGCUCCUUCACAUGAUGUAGAACUUGGAAGUAAAUCAAAACCAUGUUCACGUGAUGAGAACAGGAGAAAUGCUGGUGAGAAAAAGGCAAAGGCUAUCAGGCAUGAUAUUUCAGACAACAGAGUAAAAAUCGUAGAGAUCAAACCAUUAGAUUCUGAUGAAAUGUCUGGUGCUGCUACAAAUUUUGAGGAGCACUGUGAUGAGGAAAGCAUGGACAUUGAUGCUUCCAGUGAUUCCUCGCUGGAGCCAUAUGAUCUAUCAGAUGAUGACACAGAUUUGCAGAAGAAUUUCACACAUCUAAGUGAUCUUGCUGCUGCACUACGAAAACCUGACGAUCUGGAUGGUGUUGAAAGAGCUCUUAGUUCUGCUGAAAAACUUGUGAGAGCAUCACCUGAUGAAUUGUGCCACAACGCAGGUGACCUUGUUCAAGCAUUGGUGCAUGUACGUUGUUCUGAUGCUGCAGUGGAAAGCGAGGAAUACUCUGCUGAAGAAAAGCGACAGAAGGCAUUAGUCGCCUUGCUGGUAACCAACCCAUUUGAAUCAUUAGAUGUUCUGACCAAAUUGCUAUAUUCAUCGAGUGUGGAUAUAAGUCAGCGUAUUUUAGUUAUCGAUGUUAUGACUGAGGCAGCGCAGGAGCUUGCUGAAACUAAAAUUAUAAAUAAACAACAGCGGCAUGGGAACUUAAUUUCUGAUACUUCCCCGUCCUGGUUGGUUCCUAGUGACAGAGGACCUCUUGGCGCAAGCCCUUGGAGAGAGGUCUCAGAACCAGGAUCACUUUUGAGUUGGUCACACCGUUAUGAAAGAGAAGUUCCAUCUAGAUCAGGUCAGGUUAAAUCAGGAAAAUCUCGCAAAUGGGGUCUCAGGAAAGCAAAAGAUUUGCGGGUGGAGGGGUCAAAAAACAAAUUUCCUUUGUAUGCUGCUGCGUUUAUGCUCCCUGUUAUGCAAGGAUAUGACAAAAGAAGACAUGGGGUGGACCUGCUCGGAUAA